AUGGGAGGGUCUCAAAGUAAAAAAUUAACAAAAAAAUCGCAGAAUAAUAAUAAUAACAAUAGUAAUAUUAAUGUGACAUAUAAUAAUUUAAUAAUCACAAUUAAUAUAGUAGAACAAAAUGAAAUCGAUAGAAUUCAAAGUUUAUUUAAUGAUAUAUCAGUACCAAUAAAAUCAGUUAAAUCAAUUGAUAGAGAUGGAUUUAAAAGAUUUCAUUUAAUUCCAGAACCACUAUCCGAUAGAAUAUUCAAUUUAUUUGAACAAUCAACAAAAAAAGGUGGAUCUAUGACUUUUGAUGAUUUAUUAUCAGGUUUAGCAGUUUGUGGUAAAUCAACUGAAAAAGAUAAAGUUAAUGUUAUAUUUAAAUUUAUAGAUAUUGAUGAUGAUGGUAUAAUAACAAAAGAAGAGAUAUCAGUAUUAUCAGUUGUUUCAUUAGAGAAUGCAAAUUCUCCAAAAAUAUUCUCAAAUGAUGAUAAUCCAUUACUUUUACAAGUUGUAGGUAUGGGAUUCCCAAAACAUAAAGUUAAUACAGCAUUAAAAGAGACUAGAAAUGGCACAGUUGGUACACCUGGUAGUAAUCCUGUUGAAAAUAUAGUAUCUUGGUUAUUAGUCAAUCAAAGUUCUGAAAGUGAUUCAGGUAUUGAUGAAGAAUCAAAGCAACAACAACAACCAACAUCAGUUAAACCAGAUCCAAAAUCAAUUGAAGAAUUAACAAUUGGAUUAAAUUUAUCAACUAUAUUAACAACAUUUGAAGGAUUAUUCGAUGUUUUAGAUAAAGAAGGUAGUGGUAAGAUUACAUUAGCUAAAUUUAAGAAAUGGGCAUCAUCAACAAAGAAACCACAUGAAUUAGAUUCAUUAUUGAAACCAAUAGCUGCAUUAUAUGAUAGAGCAAUUAAAUGGAAAUCUGAAUCAAAUUCAUCCUCAUCUUCAUCAGCAUUAAAUCAAUCAAAUGGUAGUGGUAAUGAACAAGUUGUUGCUGCACCUUCUGUUGAAAGAUCAACUUCUCAAUCAAGUUUAAAUGGACAAACAACAACAACGACACCAACACAAUCACCAUCAAUAACUUCAACUAAUCCACCAAAUAUAAUUAGUAAUAGUAAUAAUACUUCGUCAUCUGAUUUAAACAAUAAUAUUAAUAAUAAUAAUAACAAUAAUAAUACAAAUCCAAAAGAAUUAAAAAGAUAUUCAUCAGUUUCAGUUAUGGAAUCAACGAAAAAAGAUAAAGAAAAACAAGAAAAACAAGAAAAAGAAAGAGAGAAACAAGAAAAAGAAAGAGAAAAACAAGAGAAAAAAGCAGAAAAAGAGAGGGAAAAAUUAGAAAAAGAAAAAGAAAAAGAUAAAGAAAAGGAUACAACAAAUACAACAACAACCACUACUACUACAGCAGCAACUACAACAACACCAACACCAAUUAAUUCUAGUAGUAAUAUAGUUAAAUCAUCAAGUAAUUCAUCAAUAUCAAAAAAUAAUAACAAUAGUAAUGUUAAUGAUGGUGAUUCAUCAUUUGAUUCAGAUAGUGAUGAUGAAGUUAUUAAACCAGCUAUUCAAGUGGUUAUUAGAGAUAAACCAAUUGAAAGUCAAAAGAGUGAAAAUUCAUUAUUUAAUAUUGAACCUUCAAUUGGUAUUGUUAAACCAAUGCUUAGUAAAGCUGCUACCUUAAGAACUAGAGGCAGUAGAUCAAAUAGAAAUACAAUGGAUCCUGAAUUAUUCUCUUCACUUCAACCAUUAACUCCAACUUCAAAACAUACUACUACCACUGCAACUAAUACAAAUACAAAUACAAACACAUCAACAACUUCACCAAAUUUAUCAUCACCAUUAUCACCAACACCAUCAUCACCAUUAUCACCAACACCCUCAAAUAGAAACCCAUUAGGUCACAGUAAUACUAUUGUAUCAUCACCACCACCAUAUGUAACAUCACAAUCUAAUGCAAGUUUCUUUUCAAAUAAUAAUAAUAAUAAUAAUAAUAAUAAUAAUAAUAGUAGUAAUAAUAUCAAUAAUAAUAAUAAUAGUAAUAAUAAUAAUAAUAUAAUCAAUAAUCAAAAUAAAGAUAAUUUCACAGAUACAGCAUCAUCUAAUAGUAAUCCAACAAGUCCGAUUUCACAAAAAUUAAAUUCUGAAAGUAUCGAAUAUAUGAAGAAAUGUAUAAAUCAAAUGGAAAAUGGUAACUUUAAAGAAGCAAUUUUAGAUUUGGAUCAAUGUAUUAAAAUAUUAUUACAAGUUCAUUCAAAUAAUUUAUCAAUUAUUCAAAAUGAAAUUAAUUUUUGUGUUGGAUAUAAAGUUACAUUAAAUUUAUUAAUAGAAAUUAAAGAAAUUGAAAAGAAGAUUGAACAAGAAUCAAAUAAGGAUGAAGUAUCAUCAUAUUAUGAAACCAUUGCUUUAUUAUCUAAAUUUUUAGUCGACAUUCCACUUCAAACUAAUCAUAGAUUAGUUUGUGCAAAAAUGGCUGUAAAAUAUAAUUUAAUUUCAAAUAAUUUUGGUAUAGCUGGUAAAUUAAUAGAGAUUAUUUUACAAAAAGGUAUAAAUUUAGGUGAUAAAGAAAAAGAACAAUAUGAAAUUCAAUUACAACAAUGUAGAGAUAAUCAAUUUAAUAAUUCAAGUUUACCAAUGUAUAUUUGUCCAAGUUGUAAAUCAUCAACAUCUUGUAGUUCAAUUAGAUGUUCUUGUUUGAGACCUGUAAGAUGGUGUUUUCAAACUUUUCAACUUAUUAAAGAUUUAACCUUUUUACAAUGUAAUUAUUGUUAUUCAACUUUUUCAAUUAAUCAAUCUGAAGUUGUUUCAAAAUCAAUUUGUCCAUCUUGUAAUCAUGGUAUAAUUAAUACUAAAAAUUAA